CCCUCGUUACUGCAACUUGCUUUGACUUCGGGUCUCCCAGCAGAUCGGAUUUACCCCUUAGAAGGAGAAAAUAAAGGCUAUACAAGCUACGAUCAACUCAUCUCCUCUGCUCGAAAGAAUGGUAUUCCACAUCUGCCAGUCCGUCAUACUACCAAGGACACUCUGGCCUACUUAGUUUAUUCCAGUGGAACAAGCGGUCCUCCCAAAGCCGUCAUGAUAUCCCACGGAAACAUCACUACUUCCACCCUCUCAACAAUAGUAAACGGUAUGGAAAUGGCUAAAACUCAGGCUCCACCAGUAUGGAACGCCCCUCAUGGGCUGCAAGUAACCUUCACUGUCCUUCCGCUCUAUCACUCUCUCAACCUUUACACAACCAGUUUCUUCAACUUCUUAAAUCCCUCCACGAUUGUCAUGCUCCCGAAAUGGGACAUCGAUAUAUUGACAGCUGAAUACCAAGAGCAUUUAGCGAGUCCUGUAAUACCACCCAUGUUCCUCGUCCCCUCCCUUCUACACCAACUCGUUCACCAUCCACGCUUCAAAACUGCUGAUAUAAAGUCGGUUAAGGCGAUCGCAAGCGGCGCCGCAUAUCUCCCGCCUCAGCUUGCUGACCAGGUUUGCGCCCGUUUCACAGACAUAUCAAGAGUUACUGAAGGUGUGUCGUCUGCCUCGCUGACGUCAUUGUCUGAGAUACACAAUGGCCAUCGCCAUGAAGCCCAUCCCUGGCAUACUCGAUGGACGCGCCAAAAACAAGUUCUUCUUCCUGCUGUCGAAGCCCGCGUUGUCCGUCCCGACGGGUCCCUUGCGGGCCCGAACGAGCCAGACGAGCUUCUCGUCCAUGGAGGCUCUGUGGCGCUGGGAGACAAGGGAAACGAUAAGGCCACUCGGAAAACGUUUGUCGAUGGAUGGGUGUGCACGGGUGACCAGAUACGGAUCGAUGAGGACGAGGAUACGCUCAAAAUCUCAGGGAUGCAAGUCUCUCCCGUCGCAAUCGAGAACACGAUCCUGGCGCAGCCCGACAGACUCAUUACUGAUGUGAGCGUCACGAACGUUUCGGGUGGGCGUACCCCGGACGAACGCAUACUGCGCGCGUGGAUCGUGUUAUCCCCUGCGGGGGCAGCGUUGGGUAAGAAAGAGGUUGUGACACGACUCAACGUAUGGGUGCAAGAGCGUUUGGGUCGGUAUAAGUGGUUGAGAGGAGGGAUUGGGAUUGUGGAGACGAUUCCCAAAUCGCCAACUAGGAAGGUGUUGAGACGGGUGUUAGUCGAGGGGUAUGAAAAAGAGGUAAAAGCGAAUGCGAAAAUGUGA